GUGGUGAUGGCAUCCCCAACCAACUGUGCCUUUCCGGGGACAGGCAGCUUCCCAGGGCUGUGGGGCACCCAGUCCCGUUUGUCCUGAUUCCUGAGAAGGGAGGUGUGCAGCUUGACCGGCUGCUUUCAGGAUCAGCCCAGCAAUUUUCCAUCCUGCUGAGCUCUCUCCUUGGCAAAGAGUGAGCCCGGAUCCCUGCAGCACGUGCCACAUGAGGGACAUGACGUGUAUCACCCAGAUAAUGGCCAGCAUCCCUCUCAGCCUGCCAGUCACUGCCUACACCCCAUCCAACAGACUGCACCCCGCCACCACAGGCUGGCCGGGUGCUGGGGUGCCCGUGUUCACUGCAGCAUGGAUGCACGGUGCCAGCACAGUGCAGCGUUCGACAACACGGCCCAGCCUGCUGCCUGCUGCCUCGACUGGAUGGCAGCGCUGCCUGACGCCCUGCCACUCUCCCGCCUCUCCAUCCCCGGCACGCACGACUCCCUCAGCCUGUUUGGUGGCCGGCGCCUGCGCUGCCAGAGCUGGGGCUUGGAGGCCCAGCUGGCGGCUGGCAUUCGCUUCCUGGAUGUGCGCUGCAAGCUGGAGCGGGGUGAGCUGCGCAUCUACCACCUGUGUACCUUCCAGCGGGUCAGCCUGCGGGGCGUCCUGCGCCGCACCCUGCGCUUCCUCCGCGCCCACCCUGGUGAGGCUGUGCUGAUGCGCAUCAAGGAGGAGCUGCCCUUCUUCCCGCGGUCCCGCUUCGCUGCCCGGCUCCAGCGCUGCCUGCUGGAGGAGAGCAGAGGUCGGCUGUGGUGCCGAGAGGAGGUGCCCACGCUGGGCCAGGUGAGGGGCAAGAUCGUGGUGCUGGAGGCGCUGGAGAGGGCGGUGCUGGGCAUCCCCUAUGAGCGGCUGAGCAUCAGCGAUGCGUGGAACGUGCUCUCGCUGGAGAGGAAAUGGGCACGAGCACAGCGGCACCUGGACGCAGCAGCCAGCGGGGACCCUGCCACCAUGCACCUCACCUUCUGCUCCGGCAAUGGGCUCUUCACCUGCCCCGAGGACGUGGCCCGCUUUGUCAACCCUCAGUGCUACCAGCACCUGCAGCGCUGCUCAGGGCAGCCGGUGUGCUGGGGAGUGGUCAUUUUGGACUUCCCCGGGGCAGGCCUGCUCCAGCUCAUCAUUGAGAGCAACGCCCCAGGGACAAAUGGAGGUGUGCCAGAUGCCCCCAGCACCCCACAGACACCCCAGCGGCAGCGGGGACGAACGCUGCGGGUGGCACCGCUGGGGCCGGUGUCUCCCAUGCUGCGGGCAGCCUCACGUGUCAGCCGACAGACAUCAAUGCAGAAGUGUGCCCGGAGAUCCCGCACGGCAUUGAGACACCUCUAUGUGACAUCCGUGUGACAGCGGCAGGGCUGGCAGUCAGUGGUGAGCAGCCCUGAGCUGCC